AUGGGCCGACAUGGAGGGAUCAACAUCCUGCACCAGAAGUCAUGGCACGUUUGGCGCAUGGACAACCGCCUCCGGGUGGAGAGGGACGAGCUCCAACAUGCCGCCAAAGUGCAGGAGCAGCAGGCUGCAGAGAGGAGGGAGGCGUUUGACAGCAAGCUCUCAAAGCUACGCAGUGCUGCGGGUGUGCCAGAGCCACGUGCCGUGGUCAAGGCUCCCGUCCAGGAAAGCCGAACACAAGGUGACGACUACGGCAAGUAUGGAGUCACCACCUCCAAUCUCAAGCAGGCUGAAAGCCAUUUGAAGACUUCUCUUCAAAGCCGCUCACGGGAGGGCAGCUACUGGGGCAAGGAAGGCCUCGGCAGCGGGCCGCACAUCAACCUGUUCGAAGGGGCGGAGCUGGAAGUUCAGCGCCAGGCCACUGCGCAUGGCAAGCUGCUGCGUUACCAAGAGACCAACAACGGCCUCGCGGAGAAAUCCCAGAAGCGGCCGCUGUCGGAGUUCGAUGAGAUGGCGCAGGAGCAGCCCUGGUACAUGAAGGCGGAGCGUCCGCUGGCCGUGGCUGAGGCGGUUGAGGAGGAGACAGCUGGGCCGACCAAGAAGUGGCGGAGGAGAAAUGGGCAACUGAUGCUGAAAGUGGUUCCGGACGGCAAGCCGCAGGUCUGCGAUCUCGUGUCUUCAGCCCUAGAAGAUGCCGAGGGGAGGUCUCCAAAGGAAAAGAAGGCCAAGGAGGAGAAGCGGAGAAGCAAGAAGGAGAAGAAGGCGCAGAAAGAGCGCCGAGCCGCCGAGGAGCUGCAAGAACUGCGGCGCCAGCGCCAGCUUCGCGAGGAGACAGAGAGCCGAAGAGCGGCCGCGCUGCGGUGA